UGGUGCAUCCCCCUAUUCCAAGAAUGUGGAAAACUGGUUUUCAAUGCAAACAUAUACUGCUAUGCUUCCUAUUUUAGACAAACCACUGCGGCCUCUAGUAAUCCCACAUGAGUAUAAUAUAGUAAUUAAUAAACCGCCCAGGGGCUCAUAUAAAAGUCUCAUGCAUCUUUUAACUCAUGAAUAUAUAAUUUUCCCUUCUCUCUAUUUACUUUCCAAUAUAGCUAGCUCUAAGCUAAGUUGAUUAUUAGCCAAAAUGCGUAUGAGUUGCAAUGGUUGUAGAGUUCUUCGAAAAGGGUGCAGUGAAAGUUGUAGCAUCAGGCCUUGUCUUCAAUGGAUCAAAACCCCGGAGUCUCAGUCCAACGCCACUGUUUUCCUCGCUAAGUUUUAUGGCCGUGCUGGCCUCAUGAAUCUCAUCAACGCUGGCCCUCAUCACCUCCGUCCUGCAAUAUUUAGGUCGAUGUUAUAUGAGGCUUGUGGCAGAAUAGUGAACCCAAUUUAUGGAUCAGUUGGGUUGUUAUGGUCAGGGAAUUGGCAGCUUUGUCAAAAUGCAGUGGAGGCAGUACUCAAAGGAGCUCCAAUUACUCCCAUAGCUUCUGAAACUGCCGUAAACAACAACGGUCCUCCUUUGAAAUUGCCUUACGACAUUAGGCAUAUUAGCAAAGACGAAAACAACUCUACCAAGCCCAGCGAUCUUCACCGGGUCAGGACCCGAUGUCGAUUCAAACGCUCAGGUAAUAAGAAGACGAAAGAGGCAAAACCAAACCCGGUUUGUUCCGGGUCGGGUAAGGCUAACGGGUCAACGAGCCACGAGUCUUCGUUGAGUCACCAAUCUGAAGCAGCAGCGGUGGCGGCGGCAAAUUUGGAAUGCGAAAGCCGGGAGAUUGAGAGCUUGCAAUCAACAGAAAUGGCUGAAGCUGAAGAUUCAGGUAUGGCUAAAGAGGAAGAGGGCGAAAUCGAAUUGGAACUGACUUUGGGAUUUUCAUCAUCGUUUGCAACUGCUCAUGAUCACCAUAUAAGGAAGGAAACUAAAGCUGUUUACUUGCUGGAUGACGCUGGAGAAUGUAAAAUGAAGCUUGGCCUUCAUUGAUCACUAGUAGAGUAGUACUUCAUUUUGCCUUUUGUUUGCUUUUUGCUUUAUGUGAGAGUACAUGUACAAAUACCAACUCAUAUAUAUAUAGCUCACCAUUUGCAAUUA